AUGCACUGGUCCAGGCAGAGACUUGUGAUGCUGCAGAAACAGGUCCGGCGUGGGUUCUGCUCAUCAGCCUCGAGGCCCUCAGACCGAGGCCUCUACGAGCUGCGGGUGUACGACGUCCAGCCGCACCUGUACACGCGCUUCCUGGCACUGACCAAUCAGAAGAUCCACCUGAGGACCGCACACUCACAACUCAUCGGCUACUGGAGCGUGGAGUAUGGAGCCCUCAACCAGGUCUUCCACAUCUGGAGAUAUGAGAGCUACUCCCAGCGGACAGCGGUGAGGGCAUCCCUGGCGCAGGACGCUGAUUGGACGGAGCAAUACAUCUCGAAGGCCAUCCCUAUGCUCACCAAGCAGAAUAAUGAGGUGGGCCGCUUGUUAUGGGGACUGCAGCCCCCGCCCAAAGAGGGAGGUGUGUUCGAGCUACAGCGCUUCCAUGUAAAGCCAGAAGGGCGGCGCCUUGGAUGGGGCGGCCUGCGGGACUACAUCCAAUCCCAUCAUGCACCUGGACUCAGCCAAGUCGUAGGAGCUUUCUGCAACGACGUGGGACACAACCAUACUGUACAAGUUUUGUGGUGGUUUCAGAGUCCAGAUUAUUGGGCCGAGACCAGAGACCAACGAGAGACAGCUGGGCCCACAGUGGAGCAUCUAGAUCCUGUCUCAAACAAACUCAUGUUCCCUCUGCCUUUCUCCCCAAUGAAAUAA